AUGGCUUCCGCGCCGUAUUCUCUGACCGCCGAAACGGUCAAUCCGCCACGCAACAGCACCAUCCUAAUCACCGGCGCAGCAAGGUAUGUCCACAUCUCGCUCGCCACUUGAUGCCACUCUAAGCUCAAUACCAUCCACAGCGGCAUCGGCCUCGCAACAGCCCUCUACCUCCACAACCCCGAAUACAGAAACAACAUCAUAGCCCUCGACAUCGCUCCUUCCCCACCCUCUCUGCCAGACCUGACUUCCUCCCCUCGCUACCUCUACCUGCAAUCCGACAUCCUCUCCUGGCCCUCCCAACGCGACGCUUUCCACCGCGGCGCCACCAACUUCCAAGCCAUCGACCACGUCUUCAUCAACGCCGGCCUCGCGGAGAUCGGCGAGCAGAUCUGGACGGACGCCUACGAUGCACACGGCCAACUAGCCGAGCCCAACCGCAGCACCAUCGACGUCGACCUCCGCGCCGUGGGCGAUACCCUGAAACUAGCCAUGCACCACCUCCGCAACGACGGCAAAGGCGGGUCCGGCGCUGGGAAGGGUGGCACGAUCGUCCUGACGGCCAGUCUGGCGGGCUACCUCGCCUCCGCCGGGGCGCCGUUGUAUUCCGCCGCGAAGCACGGAAUUUUGGGCUUUAUGCGUGCUUUGAAAGGGGAUUGCCAGAAAGCUGGCAUUGCCCUCUCCGUCAUCGCGCCGGGCAUCACGUUGACGAAUAUCAUCCUCGGACGCCGCGAGGGACAGUCGCUGCAGGCUUGGGGCGAGGAAAUGGCGGCGCGCGGGGUUCCUAUUAACGAUGCGCAGACUGUGGCUUUGGUCGUGGCGAAUUUGAUGGGUGAGGGCAUGCGGAGUAAUGGGAAGGGGGUUCUGAUCCAGGCGAAUCGGAUUCAGGAAGUAGAGGGGGGCAUUGCGAAGGCGAGGGAACGGUGGAUGGGGAGGGAGAUGUUGGGACUCUUCCGAGGGGGACGGAAUGCCCCUUUGUUCCCGAAUAAACUGUGA